ACCGAGGAGAAAUGUCCAUAAGAAAAAUUCAGCUGGAGAAUCAAAUUCUAAGGAAGGAGAAUAUAUUGUUGAACGAGUUUUAGGUAAACGGUUGAAAAAUAAAAAAAUUGAGUACCUGUUAAAAUGGAAAAAUUACACUGACAAAGAUAAUUCUUGGGAACCUGUAAGCCACUUAGACUGCGAUGAACUCAUUUUUGAAUUUGAAGAAAAAUCAAGAAUUUAUCCAAAAGAUGAGAAGCCCAAAGAAGAACCUGAGCGCAAGCGUAAAAUAAUGAACUUGACUAAUACUAAUAAUAGUUUGAUACAGUCAGCAUCUGAUACUGGCACAUCUAAAGAUACAAGCGAAAUAACCCCACCUCGACCAAAAAGAGUUCAACGGCAAAAAGUUGAUGAAGAGGACACAGCAGCUAAUAAAAGUGAUGGAAAUUAA